GCCAUUGACAUAAUCUGCAAUUUAAGUGAAAAGGACUCUGCCUCUCAGCAGUACUGUACUGUACGACACCUUCAUACGACCCUCGACACACCAUGUCUGAUCUAGAUUCCACAACACCUCGAGUAUUCCUCAUCCGCCACGGAGAGACCGAGUGGACCAAGAACGGCCGCUACACCGGCACCACCGAACUGGAGCUCACCCCGAAGGGUGUCGAGCAGGUCACCCAGACCGGGUCCCAGCUGAUCGGACCGGGGCGACUGAUCGAUCCCGCCCGGAUCGCCCGCGUGUGGGUGAGUCCGCGCCGGCGGACGCAGCAGACAUUCCGGCAUCUGUUCCAACCACCCGGGUGGCACAAGGGUACCGUCGACGAGCGUCUCGUCUCGUACACGGAAGAGCUGGCCGAGUGGGACUACGGGGAUUAUGAGGGCUUGAAGGUCGCUGAGAUCCGAUCCGCCCGCAAAGCGCGAGGGUUGGACCAGCGGAGGGAGUGGGUUAUCUGGGAGGAUGGGUGUGAGGGCGGGGAGUCGGCGCAACAGGUGACGGACAGGCUCGACGGUCUGAUUGGGCGGAUUCGAGAGCUGCAGGGGCCGUAUAUGGACGGCUCGAAGGCUGUGGAUGUCGUUCUGGUCUCUCACGGUCUUGUUCUGCGAGCUUUUGUGAAAAGGUGGCUGAAUUAUUCUUUGAGCACGCCGCUGCCAAUGAUGUUGUCGCCCGGUGCCAUCGGGAUUCUCAGUUACAAGAACCACGAUAUCAACGAGCCUGGUUUCUAUAUCGGCAUGUCGCUUCCAUAGCAGGAGCGGGCAGCGAGCACUAGCGUGUUCAAAGAUUGUCUCGAGUUGAGGAUACGAUACUCGCGGACUGGCUUUACACGAGUGGUGCAAAUAGGUAGUUUUUUCAGGUGGGCGUGUAUAGGACGGAUGACAGUUCCAACCAUAGAGCCAUGGUACGAUAGUAGGCUGGAUUACUAUAGCUCUAAGCUAGCUAGUUCUCAAGUUCAGAAGUCUUCUGGAAAUACCAAAUAUGAUGGCAUUAAUAUAGUCA